AUGGCGGUCCUGUUCUCCGAGACUUUAAUGUGGGGCUUGGCCGUGCGCCUAUUCUCUGUUCGUCAACUGGCCGAUCGGGAUCCCACUGUACUUCUCUCAUUACCUCGUUUGGCUAUCCUCGUUGGCACACGUAUUCUCCCCGAUUCACCGAUCGGAGCGCAUCGGUUGGCGGCCGGUCGACGACUGCCUUUCAUGUGCGCCAAUUCUCGUACGGAUUUAGCCUAUCUGGCUCGACAACUAUAUGCAUUGCGCCUCGAUCAAUUAUUUCGCCUGGCUCGUUGGCUCGGUCCCCGCGGUUUGCCCAAUCUCAAUCGAUCCCGUUCAACCGAAGCCAGCAGACCGGGCACAUAUUUGGCCGCCGGUCCCGUGGAUAUGAGAGCACUCAGCCCAUCACCGACCACCUUGCACGCGGGUUUGCAAUCUAGCUGGUGUGGUUCACUCAGUCCACCCUUAUCCCGUCGCACAUGGAAGGCCAAUGUGGCUGGUCUGCACAGGAUCUACAAGACGAUCGCCACAGUUGCCGAUCGUUUCACCAGUGACUUCCCCACGGAACUACGGUUCAUCCUGCAGGUCGGUUGUCUUUUCGACUGUGUUGAUAUCUGUUAG